AUUGAGGUGAAUGGUGCCUGGCCUCCACCCGCUGUGCAAGCUGAAGUAGGCAAACGAAUCCGGAUCGCCCUUGUGAAUAACUUGGACGAAGACGUUACGCUUCAUUUCCAUGGCCUGCUUCAGGAGGGGGGCUACAAUCUAAUGGACGGCCCGCAACACCUAACACAGAGUGGGGUGAAGAAGGGCAAGACAUUUGUGUACGACUUUCCGACGAAUAAGCCCGGUACUUACUGGAUACAUAGUCAUGCCCCAGGACAGUACCCUAAAGGCCUACGCUCGCCCUUUAUCAUUACGGACCGAACGGAUCCA